UGAUCAAAAGCAAUCAAACAUGAUCAUGUCGCAUGUCAAUGAAAUGUCAGCACCUAUUGUUCGUGUCACCAAAGAGUGACUGACUCGAUUAUAUUCGUCUUAUAAACUCGUGUCAUCUUCGUUGAAAAUAAUAUAACUUGAAAUAUGAAUUUACGAAUGAUCGCCGUUUUUAUCGUGACUUGUCAUUUUGCAAGAGGGGACAAAAUGAUGCUAUUCGAUUUCACGGAUAUCCAAAGUGUGGAUGACUGGCGGGAGAUGUCUGACACUGUAAGAACAGAAGGAAAAUCCAAAGCUACCUUAACUCUACAAACGAGCCAACUCUUUCAAAGAGCGGUCUUUUUCACGCUGCUGAAACCACAGCCAAAUGGUGCCGGUUUCGCUGGCGUCAGAAAAUUGACAAAUUUGAAUCUGUCAAGAUACAGAAAUAUUGAAAUCACUUGCCGAGGACAAGGGCAAAAUAUGCACUACAAAAUAUCUCUGAGACAUCGAGGACAGAAUUCCAAUAUGUAUUUCAGCUAUGAACAAUUCUUCACGGUAUUAAUAUCAGAUGACGUAUUUACCAUGGUGACUUUACCUUUGAAAGACUUCAAACCUUAUUACCGUGGAGUUGAGAUUCUGGAUGGUGAGCCUCUAGAUACAACAAAUAUUACAAUGUUUGAAUUUCAAAUUUACGGAGGCAUUUAUCUGCCUAUCAAGCAACGUGGCGUGUCCGCGUUAGAGAUAGAAACGGUGACAGUUUCCUCUUAAUAAUCAUUCUGAUCUUCUAAUCGUAAAAGAAAAAAACGUCCCCUCCGAAGAAUUUUUAUUUAUGUACACAUCAAACGUUUACAUCCAUGCUA